AAUACCGUAUUCCAUUUCCAUUUCAAUUUCUUGUUGUUGAGUGUUUCAAUUUUAAAAAUUUUCCGAAGAAAAAUUAUCGUUAAUGUACUUAUUUGAACAAAUUAUUGUAAAUUUACUCUUUUUUUCACCGAUUGACAGCUUCUAGAAUUGACUGGAUCAAUAUCUUCAUAACAUUUAACGUAUAACAAGAACUGAUUAACAAUGAGUACAAUGUCAAAUGGUAGCGAACGAUACGAUCGUGACAGCCGCAGUAGUCGCGAAAGAGACGACAAUAAUGAUCUCAUACUGACUGUUCGAGUGUUGAUGCAUGGAAAAGAAGUAGGAAGUAUAAUUGGCAAAAAAGGCGAACUCGUCAGACAACUCAGGGAACAAUCUGGAUCAAGAAUACACAUUUCAGACGGCUCUUCAGCUGACCGAAUCGUCACAGUGACUGGAAACCUUAAUUCUAUUUAUAAAGCAUUUACACUCAUCACAGCUAAAGUUCAAGAGUUCUUCGAACGUCAGAAUGGUAGUUGGGGUGGUAUGGUGGCGCCUUUAGUAUUUAAAUUAAUCGUACCAGCUACGCAAUGCGGAUCUAUAAUCGGUAAAGGCGGUUCUAAGAUAAAAGAAAUCAGAGAAUCGAGCGGCGCUUCGAUACAAGUAGCUUCAGAUAUGUUACCCAAUUCAACCGAACGUACGGUUACCAUUACCGGUAAUCCUGAAACAAUUACCCAGUGUAUUUACCAAGUGUGUUUGAUCUUAAUGGAGUCUCCUCCUCGUGGCACAGUUGUACCUUAUCGUCCGAAGUCAGCUAAUAAUCAAGGAUUUUUAGCCGGUGGUUUACAAGGUGGCCUGGGGCUAUCCGGAUUAGAUCAACUGAGUAAAUUAGGAGCUGCGAAUCCUCUUGCAUCUUUAGCCAGUCUAAGUAGUUUAGCAGGUCUCGGAGGCUUAUCAGGACUAGCUGGAGGCGGAUUAAAUGCUGCUGCUUUAGCUGCCAUUGCAAGUAGUCAGUUACGUGGUUCUGGUAACAAGAAAGUUCAAAGUACUCCUCAAACACAAGAAAUCACAGUUCCUAACGAAUAUAUUGGUUGCAUUAUUGGUAAAGGUGGAAGUAAAAUCGCAGAAAUCAGACAAAUCAGCGGAGCUGUAAUUAGAAUUUCUAGUAAUGAAGAAACCAGAGAAGGACCUGAUGGUAUUGAACGACCAAUUACAAUUCAAGGAACCCCCGAUGCCAUAACCGUUGCGAAAUAUUUAAUUAAUAUGAGCGUCGAUCUUCAGAAAGCUAAUCUCGAAGCCCAAAAUCAAUCUAAUUCCGGUGGAUCCUCAUCUUCGUCGGGUAAUCCUUCUCCUCUCGCGUCAGCGCUCCCGUUGGCCCAGUUACUCUCGAAACCGGGAGCCUUGAACGCAUUGUCUAGCUUAUCCGCAUUAGGCGGCUUGACCGAUCUGUUAGGCAAUGUGAACAACGCCGCUUCCCGUCCAGUACAAACUACCGGAGUCCAUCGUUCCAAAUCUUAUUCUUCACGUGUCCGAAGUCCAUCCGGAGAUAAAUCGAAAAUGGAUCGUAAUAAGUUCGCUCCGUAUUGAGUAACGUUAUCCUCACUUAAAAAAAUAUGUGUGUGUAUCUUUGUAUGACCGUAAAAAACCGCCUAAUACGAUGACUCGAUUGUAUGUUUUUAAUUUUUUUUUCUUUUUUUCUUUCUUUUUAUCAUUUUUUUUUAAUUAAGCGAUUUUUUUGAGAAAAAAAUUAAGCGUUUUUUUCUACAUAAGUUUGAUUAUAUGUAUUUUCUCUUUCCAUCUUUUAUCUCUGUCGUAUUUCUCAUUGACGCCCUUAAUAUCCCGCUGCUUUUCUCUAGCUGUUCUCUUAAGACUCUAUUUAUUUUCAUCCAGAUUCCUCGAUGUAUAUGAGAGAACUUCUUAUUCCUGUUACCUUCGAGUUGUUCUCAGCGUAUCCGGGACCGAUGACCUAAAAUAUUCGAGUUCGGAUCUGGAUUCCGUCGAUUACGAUUUUACGUUUAUUUUAUUAUUUUUCCUAAUUCUCUCUCUUUGGUAGUAUUUAUUUCAGUCUUCUUUUUUUUUUUUUUUUUUUUUUUCGUUGCCAUAAAUGCGAAAAUAGUUCCUUUCUUAUUUCGCAUUUUUUUUUUUUUCAAUAAUACAUAAGCGUCAUCAUGUGUAGGUGUUAUUCCUCUCUCCUCUUUUUCUUUCCCUUUUAUCAGUGUUUUAAUUUAUGAUUUUUUUAAACGAUGUGAACGAACGAAUGGAUGAGUACAUGUGAUGAUUAUUUUGGAGGUGUAGUAAUCAAGAUAGAAACCUGCCUUAAUUUUUUUUCUUUUUUCAACGUUGAUUUGUACUGUCAAGCCGAUAAGAAAGGGUGACUUUUUUUUAGAAAAAAAAAGAACGAUUUUAAAGCAUGUAAUUGAUUUUUUCUUUCUUUUUACUUUUUCCAAGAUGAUAAUUUAUUUUAUAUAGAGAGAGAAACCGCGUACAAUUCUAGGUUUAAAGUACUGUAUAAUUUAAGUUGAGAUUUUUAUUUACGUAUGACUUGGUAUCUCAGUGCUAACUUAAGAGUUUUGUUUGUUGAUGUUAUCGUGAUCCUUCAAUUAUUUUACUACCCCCUAUAGCUCGGUCCUCGACGACGACGCAGUAACCAUUGGUUUUUUUUCCAAAACGUAGAUAUUUUUUUAUUCUUGAUUUGGACUAGAUUAUCAACGAUCGUUUGUCUGAAUAGAUGUAGGAUGCUUUUUUUUUUUUACUUAUUUAUGGUUUUCUAUUAUCGAAGGCAAUGAUGAAAAAUAUUAUUUAACGAAUGGUUACGUACGUUUUUUCGAGCGCAUUUUUAUUCUCAGAGUUUUUUUUCUCUUUAUUAUUUUAUUUCUUUUCUUAAUUUAUAGUUUUUCUUUUUAAUACGAUUGAUUAUGUUCUAAUUUACGUAUUUUUAAAAACGAGAAACAAACACUAUUCCCCUUCUGUUUUUUUUUUAUAUGUUGUGCGAUCAUUGAGAUUUUGUGUGUAUUUAAAUGGCAAUAAAUAUUUGCAUCGAGUGA